CGGUGAUUCUACUUGUGUGGAUCAUGCACGUACGUGCGUGCCGCUGCGUCGGCUGCCUAAAAUUUGUUGUCAAAAUCUCGCGAAUGCAACUUCAACCAAGGAAAACCACCAGGGACUUGUACGCAUGUUAAGCGCUAGUCCGAAUGUAUAUAAGGCCAUCUUGGCAAGAGAGCUAGGUGGGCGUCGGCCGGGCACCGCGACGGUCAACAGCCGGAGGUUGUACCAGUUCAUAUGUCCAAAUCAUAAGGUCCAGCAUCUUGAGGCCCCGGAGGUCCAUAUAUGUCGUUUUUCACCAUGUGGACAAUACCUGAUCUGCUUUGCGGGCGGCUUCACGCAGCUGGCGGUGUACCGCUUCACUGGGCCGCGCGUCAGCUGGCAGGGGGAGCGAGAGGAGGCGGAGUUGGCGGCGCUGCUGGACCGCUUCGAAUGCUUCUUCUCGCUCCUCUACCGAGUGCCCCUGGCGCCCGCGGGUGAGGUGCUGGCUCGCGACGUGGUCCUCUUCCUGGGCGGCGGCAGCCUGCUGCUGCUGGCCUCGCACUCGCCCCUGGCGCCGCCGCAACAACACCAGCCGGGGCAGCAGCAGCAGCACCACCAGCCACAGGCGGGGCUGCAGCAGCAGCAGCAACACCAGCAGCAGGGGGGUGUGCUGCAGCAGCAGCAGCCCCUGCUACCGCACCACCAGCACCAGCAGCAGCAGGCGGGUGGCGGUGCGGGAGACCCGCUGCAUGCGCUGCCGGUGGCGGAAUCCACCCAGCUACAUGUGGUCCGUCUGAGCGACGGAGUGCGGCUGAGCGGAUUCCGGUUCGAGGGGGAGCUGGUGGAGCUGGGCGGGCGGGGGGCGGCAGCGGGCGGGGGCGGCGGGCUGGGGGUCAGCGCGCAUGAGGACCUCGUGGCGGUGCUGGCGGUUCGCAGCCAGGUGAUCCACCUGCUUCAGGUGCUGCGGGGCGGGGAGGAGCUGGUGCCGGUGCGCGCGCUGGGGCCGCAUGUGCGGGAGGACGACGAGCUGGUGCUGCGGACGGCGGCGCGCGCGGAGGAGCGGUGGCGCAGUAGUAGUAGCAGGGCGGGGCGGGAGGCAGCGGGAGGGGAGGGAGGUGCGGGCGGGGUGCCGCCGCCGCCACCGGCGCUGCGUCGCAGUGUUACAGGAGGCUUGGUGAGGAGUGAGGAGUUGCAGGGGACGGAGGCAGCAGCGGCAACGGCGCCGUCUGCUGCCGCCCUGCCCGCACCCAUUGCCGUACUUUACCCCCCACCAGAGCCGUACCAGCCGUAUCAACACACCCAUGUGCAACAGCAGCAGCAGUACCAGCAGCAACACCCCGCCAGCGGCAGCAUCCUCCCUGCUGCUAGUACGGCGACAACGACGCCGGCAGAGGACCUGGCGGCGGCGGCGGCGCAGCAGGCGGCUGUACGGCAGCAAGCGAGGCGACUGCAGUACGAACAGCUGGCGGCGCAGGGGGGGCCGACGCAGCCGCCGCCGCCGCUGCAGCGCAGUGCGCAAGGGGGCGGCGUGCGGCCGAGGGGAGGGCUGCAGGGGGGGUUGAGAGCUGCUGCGCGUUAUGGGUCGGGGAUGGGAGCGGAGCAGCAGGGAAGGGCGGAUGAGGGUCCAGUGGGCGGUUUCGGAGCUGCUUCUUCCGGGCAGCUGGGCAGUCAUAAUGGAGGUUCUCGAGCUGCUGCUGCGGAUGCUGCGGGUGGUUCUACCAUGCAGUCAGCCAAUCGCCCGCACCCGCAACCACCGCAGCAGCCGCAGCCCCAGCGACCACCCCCACCGCCGCUGCCGUCAGAGGCGCCCUACUGGCAGCACCACCAAGCAGCCAACAACACGCACGCUCGCGCCCACAGCCGGCCUCAUCAGCUUUCUCGCCCUUCACAUCCUCCCCUGCACUCCCUCCACCACAACCCGCAACGACACUCCUUAGAAGCCCCAGGAGGCCACGUGCCGGGGCAGCUGUUUUCGCAGCAGCAACAGCAACAACGGCAACACCAGCAGCAGCAGCUAGCGGCACAUCCCGCGGCUCCCGGUGGCAUCUUCCACGCCGGCAUGGCGCCUGACGGAGCCCCUGACGGCGACGGCAGCUUCAUAACUGGCAUCAAGCAGCGGUUGCUGGCGUAUCUGUACGGCAACUGCCUCCGCCUGCACGCCAACAACCCCCGGCGGCGGCAGCGCGAGGCGUUGACGCUGUUUCGUCACAUCGAAACCUACCGCUCGCUUAUCAUGCGUAAGGUGUACCUGCUGGACCGCAGCCGGCUGCUGAUCGACAUGCGCACUCCCGCAGGGGCGGAGCUGGGGCCGGGCCAGCUGGGGCAGCUGGGGGCGGUGCCGGCGGGCGGCGGUCCGGGGCUGCCCCCCUCGCAGUUCUUCCUGCUGUUCGACAUGCACUCCACACGCGUGCUGGGAUUUAAAGCCGGCAGCGCAGACCGGGUGCUGCAGCGCUACCUGGCUGAGGCGACCUCCGCAGCAGUGGCGCCCUGGGCCGAGUCGCUGCCGCCCUGGGACAGGUUCACGUACGACAACGCGCUCGCAGCCGUACGAGCCAAGCCCCCGAGGCCCCAAGCCGGCAGCGGUGCUGGCGGCGGCAGCAGCAGCGCAGCAGCCCUAGGGCCCGGCGGCGGCGGAGGAGGAGGAGCUUUUGCUGAUGCAGGCAACGCCAUGGCGUCCUCACACCACACCGCGGCGGCUACAGCUGCCGACCGAGCGGUCUCCGCAUGCAAGCUGAUGCAGCUGCUGCCGCCCGUUAGCGGCAGCUACGGCCUGAGCGCUAGUCCCUACCUCGACUCUUCGCUGUACAUGUACGACGAAAGGGUGGUUUCACCGUACAUCCGUACACGCCCGUGCCUGGAGCAGCCCGUUUCAUUUAGGCCUCGGAACAGGCCAGAUCGAACGGGGUUUCGGUUGGAACCGGGGCCUUAUGAGGCCAUGGUUGUACGGGACAGGCGAUUGGCGCGUAGCGUGACGUACCUUUUUCACCCGGAGGUGCCUUUUGUGAUGGCGGUGUUUGGGGUGUUCCAACAGAACUCAAUCAACAUAAACUUUCGAAUUUAACAGGUCGUUUGAAUUCAACUGCCGUACAUGUUCGCAUGUGAUAUGGCAUAGUCUGCAUGUGCUUUUUUAUGAUGCCCUUGAUGAAACAUCAACAAGGGACAUGAACCAGCGACUAAUACUAACCAGACGGCAAUAAGCUGCUGAGGGGUCUAGCAGGGUUCGGUGCAGGUAUAGGUGCGCUGGUGGCUUUCCGGUUCUUACGGCAGGCGGUCACAACAUGAUCUUUACAACGCGCGG